UGUUUGCUUCUUUGAUGUAACUGUUCACUUCGUUAAAUCUUCUUCAGCAAUUUUUUUUUAUUAAUCCGCAUCUGCUUGGUGUUUUUCAGUGUUUCCUUUCUUGCAACUACCACCACUCAAAAGCGAAGAUACUCAAGAAAGUACAUACUCAAACGUAGACCCGAGACUGGGUGAAUUAUAUUAUCCGAAACCAAAGUCAUAUGUAGAAGAAACUGAGAAACUUCGGGAAACAAAUCCACCAGCUCCUAAAACCCCGUUUAGAGAGAUUAAAGAAAUUAUCACAGAAGAGAGUCAUGAAGAUGAGAACCCCUUUGACAGGAUCAAAUCCCGUCCCGGAUAUCCAGGACGAGCUCGAGUGCAUGCGGUAAAGACUGUAGCCAUGGAGGAUGAAGACCUUUUGCCUGAUAAGGAUUCAUUUGAUGACAAACCUACCGAAGGUUUCAUCAAACAGCAAGCUAAGGAGAGGGUAGCGGAGCCAGUAGAGCAUGAAGGAAAUGAGGAAGUGAUCCAGGCUGGAGCAGGGGGAAAUCUCGCUGCGCAUUGUUACCGACCGAAAGUCGAGGAACAAUUUCUGGAAAAGUGUCGAGGAUACAAUGAAGACUGCAGACAGUUCCAAGCCCAGGUGGAUACAGUUUUAUUAUCUUCUUGA